GUUUUACAUUUAUAAUAAUAAAUAUUUUUCUUAACAGUAUUCGAAAGCAUAUGAAACUACAACUUACAAAGGGCAUAACUUAAAUACAUAUUGUAAAUUGAUGAAAAAAACGUCCACUGUAUAUUAAUAUAUAUUCCAACGCCCUUGAACACGUUCUCGAAAUAUAAAGCUACUGUACGCAUGCGUACGCGUAUUUGUAAACACACUAAAAAUUCCUGAACUUAGUUUCCACAGUAUUUCUUAAUAUUAAUACAUAAUAAGUGACGGUAUCUUUUAUUCCAAAUCGAAGGCCCGUCACUUUAAAACAUCAUCAGCCGUAAAGGAUUGUGGGUAAUAUGAUUGUUUCCAUCGGUUAGUAGAAACGCUUGAGAAAAGAAGCUAAAGGUUGCGUUCGAAACAUUAUUAUUAUUAUUUAGUUCGGAUAAGAAAAGGAGAGCUACAGAGCAAAAUAAUAAAAAUAAUAAUCGUUCGUUCAAUAUGUGUUCGGUUGAAGCUUCUCGAGUUAGCUUAGCCUACCUUACUUUAGCUUAGCUUGCUAACAAACAGCUUCGUUUAGCUUAGCUCAUUUUAGCUUGCUAACGAAAAGAAACGUUUGUGGUUGAGGUCGUCGUGUCAGAAUGUUUGUUAGUAGGACAGCUGAAGACGAGGAGGAACUUUGUGGGCCAAAAGACGAGGAAAAACCGGCAAGUGGACUACUGGAUGCUGUUAGCAAGAAGAAGCCUCAAGACGCGUUCGACACCGCAGACCUCAGUAAAGAUCUUGGUUCUGGGCAGCAGGAGGCGGAGCUCCUUCACCUAAAAGAGGAAGCGGAGGACAAAGAGGUUGUGCAGGCGGAGUUGGAGCGUCCCUCCAUGAUUAAAGAGGAGGAGCCAAGGCGCACCUUCAUCAAAGAGGAAGAGGAGCAGGAGGAUGUCACCAAGUUUCCAUCGACUGGCGUUCUUUUGAAACAUGAAGAUGACGGUGAAAGUGAGGAAAGCAGAAGAGGGGCGGAGCCUCCAAGCAGCAGCUCAAGUCAACACAUGACAACAAAAGGUGAUGGAGACCACCGUGGAGGAUCACACCCAGGCGGACUCUUAGCGCCGCUAUCAGAUAGCGACGACGUGACGUCAUAUUCUACAGACGACGGUGAUAAACAGUCUGGGGGUGAUAAGAUGUUUCACACCAACAACAAACGAUGGAAAUGUUCUCACUGUGGGAAAACUUUGGCUUAUAAGAGGAAUUUGAAACAACACAUGAAAAUACACACUGGAGAAAAAAACAUUGCUUGCUCAGUUUGCGGUAAAAGAUUCAUUAAGAAGGCUGACUUAAAAAAACACGCAAGAACACACACUGGUGAAAAACCCUUUGCUUGCCCAUUUUGCGGUCAAAGGUUCACACAGAAGGGAGACUUAAAAAUACACACAAGAAUCCAUACCGGUGAGAAACCCUUUGCCUGCUUAGUUUGCGGCCAAACAUUCACACAGAAGGGAACCUUAAAAACACACACACGAACCCACACUGGUGAGAAACCUUUUGCUUGCUCAGUUUGUGGUCAAACAUUCACACAGAAGGGAACUUUAAAAACACACACAAGAACCCACACUGGUGAGAAACCUUUUUCCUGUCGGGAGUGUGGUCAAAGAUUCUCAGGAAAGGGAACUUUAAAGACACAUGCAAGAACACACACUGGAGAGAAACCUUUUUCCUGCUUAGUUUGUGGUAAAGGAUUCAAUGAAGAGGAGCACUUAAAAAGACACAAUAGAACACACACUGGUGAGAAACCAUUUUCCUGCUCUGUAUGUGGUCAAAGAUUCUCUGUAAAGGGAACCUUAAAAACACAUACAAGAACCCAUACUGGUGAGAAACCUUUUUCCUGCUUAGUUUGCGGUCUGAGAUUCUCUGUAAAGGGAAACCUACAAACACACACAAGAACCCACACUGGUGAGAAACCUUUUCCCUGCACCUUUUGUGGUCAAAGAUUCUCUCGGAAGAAUGGGGCGAAGACGCACAAGUGUGCUGGUGAAAAUUGCGGUGAUCAAGAAUCUGUAAUUGUAAACUUUAGGUUAAGUUAGCUUUAUUGGAUCAGCUUUCAUUCACUGACUCAUUUCAGAAAAGUAAAAGUGUGAUGCCGCUUGAAAAGCUGUCAUGUUUUAUUAUACUUUACAAAAAGAAAUUUUAUUCAGUCAUUUUCCACACUCCUUGUCCUCACUCGGGUCCCGGGGCUGCUGGAGCCUAUUCCAGCUGACUCUGUGCAAGAAGGGCACCGAACUGGUCACCAGUCAAUCAGAGGGCCAUAUAUAUAUAUAUAUAUA